GCCGGAGCCGUGCCGGAUCUGCGUGUGCGACACGGGGACGGUGCUGUGCGACGAGAUCAUGUGCGAGGAGCUGCGGGACUGCCCCAGCCCCGAGAUCCCCUUCGGAGAGUGCUGCCCCAUUUGCCCCACCGAGCAGCCCAGCGGGAAGCCUGGCCCCAAGGGACAGAAAGGUGAACCCGGUGACAUCAAAGAUGUCGUAGGACCCCCAGGACCCCCGGGCCCGCAGGGCCCCGCAGGUGAGCAGGGACAGCGAGGGGACCGCGGUGAGAAGGGCGAGAAGGGCGCCCCCGGCCCCCGGGGCAGGGAUGGGGAGCCCGGAACCCCAGGAAACCCCGGCCCCCCCGGGCCCCCCGGACCCCCGGGACCCCCCGGCCUCGGGGGAGGGAACUUCGCGGCUCAGAUGGCUGGGGGCUUUGAUGAGAAGGCUGGAGGGGCUCAGAUGGGCGUCAUGCAGGGACCCAUGGGCCCCAUGGGACCCCGCGGCCCCCCCGGCCCCUCCGGCUCCCCCGGUCCCCAAGGAUUCCAAGGCAACCCCGGUGAGCCCGGCGAGCCCGGCGCUGCUGGUCCGAUGGGUCCCCGGGGACCUCCGGGACCUCCUGGCAAACCCGGUGACGACGGCGAGACUGGCAAACCCGGGAAAUCCGGUGACCGCGGCCCCCCCCGCCCGCAGGGCGCUCGUGGCUUCCCCGGGACCCCCGGCCUGCCUGGAGUCAAAGGCCACCGGGGCUACCCCGGCCUGGACGGCGCCAAGGGAGAGGCGGGAGCACCUGGAGCCAAGGGCGAGUCCGGCUCCCCCGGCGAGAACGGAUCCCCCGGCCCCAUGGGUCCCCGCGGGCUGCCCGGAGAGCGAGGACGCCCGGGCCCCUCGGGCGCUGCGGGCGCUCGUGGCAACGACGGCCUCCCGGGCCCGGCCGGACCCCCGGGUCCCGUCGGCCCCGCAGGAGCCCCCGGCUUCCCCGGCGCCCCCGGCUCCAAGGGUGAAGCGGGUCCCACCGGAGCGCGAGGACCCGAGGGUGCCCAGGGCCCCCGCGGGGAAUCCGGGACCCCCGGCUCGCCCGGCCCCGCCGGCGCCCCUGGGAACCCAGGGACCGAUGGCAUCCCCGGAGCGAAGGGGUCGGCGGGCGCUCCAGGCAUCGCCGGCGCUCCAGGAUUCCCCGGCCCCCGCGGCCCACCCGGACCCCAGGGAGCCACCGGCCCGCUGGGCCCUAAGGGACAGACGGGCGAGCCCGGCAUCGCGGGAUUCAAAGGCGAGCAGGGACCCAAAGGAGAGACGGGCCCCACAGGACCCCAGGGCGCCCCCGGACCGGCCGGGGAGGAAGGGAAGAGAGGAGCCCGUGGAGAACCCGGAGCUGCUGGACCUUUGGGGCCACCUGGAGAGAGGGGAGCUCCUGGCAACCGCGGCUUCCCCGGGCAGGAUGGGCUGGCCGGCCCCAAGGGAGCCCCGGGCGAGCGCGGCCCCGCCGGCCUGGCCGGCCCCAAAGGAGCCACCGGCGACCCCGGACGCCCCGGAGAGCCCGGCCUGCCUGGAGCCAGGGGUCUCACAGGUCGCCCCGGGGAUGCUGGGCCCCAAGGCAAAGUCGGCCCCACAGGUGCCCCCGGCGAGGACGGACGUCCCGGACCCCCCGGCCCCCAGGGGGCUCGGGGCCAACCUGGCGUUAUGGGGUUCCCUGGUCCCAAAGGUGCCAAUGGCGAGCCUGGAAAAGCUGGUGAAAAAGGACUUCCUGGAGCACCGGGGCUGAGGGGACUUCCUGGCAAGGAUGGAGAGACCGGAGCCGCCGGACCCCCAGGACCUGCUGGCCCGGCAGGGGAGAGGGGAGAGCAAGGAGCCCCCGGCCCCUCCGGCUUCCAGGGACUGCCAGGGCCACCAGGUCCCCCCGGCGAGAGCGGCAAACCUGGAGACCAGGGCGUUCCUGGAGAAGCCGGAGCCCCCGGGCUCGUGGGUCCCAGGGGUGAGCGCGGUUUCCCCGGCGAGCGCGGCUCUCCCGGUGCCCAGGGCCUGCAGGGGCCCCGCGGCCUCCCCGGCACCCCCGGCACCGACGGACCCAAGGGUGCCACCGGCCCCGCCGGCCCCAACGGCGCCCAGGGACCCCCGGGGCUGCAGGGGAUGCCCGGGGAGAGAGGAGCCGCUGGCAUCGCCGGUCCCAAGGGCGACAGGGGAGACGUUGGAGAGAAAGGACCUGAGGGAGCCCCUGGAAAGGACGGAGCUCGCGGUCUGACCGGUCCCAUCGGCCCCCCCGGCCCGGCUGGCCCCAACGGCGAGAAGGGCGAGUCUGGCCCCCCCGGCCCGUCCGGAGCCGCCGGAGCCCGCGGUGCCCCCGGAGAGCGUGGAGAGCCCGGAGCCCCCGGCCCUGCUGGAUUCGCUGGACCCCCAACCGGCCCCGUGGGCGCUCCCGGCGCUCCCGGCGCUCCCGGAGCUCCCGGCCCCGUGGGACCCACUGGAAAACAGGGAGACAGGGGAGAGACGGGUGCUCAGGGUCCCAUGGGUCCCUCUGGCCCCGCUGGCGCCCGGGGGAUGCCGGGUCCCCAGGGGCCGCGCGGUGACAAAGGCGAGGCAGGCGAGGCUGGAGAGCGCGGCCUGAAGGGACACCGGGGCUUCACCGGGCUCCAGGGGCUGCCUGGGCCCCCCGGUCCUUCUGGAGACCAGGGCGCUGCCGGACCCGCAGGUCCCUCCGGGCCCAGGGGUCCCCCCGGCCCAGUAGGCCCCUCAGGCAAGGACGGCUCCAAUGGGAUGCCCGGACCCAUCGGCCCCCCUGGACCCCGCGGGAGGAGCGGCGAGCCCGGCCCUGCGGGUCCUCCCGGGAACCCCGGCCCGCCCGGCCCCCCCGGGCCCCCCGGCACCGGUAUCGACAUGUCGGCGUUCGCGGGGCUGGGGCAGCCCGAGAAGGGCCCCGACCCCGGGCGCUACAUGCGGGCGGACGAGGCGGCGCCGGGGCUGCGGCCGCACGACGCCGAGGUGGACGCCACCCUCAAAGCCCUCAACAACCAGAUCGAGAGCAUCCGCAGCCCCGAGGGCUCCCGCAAGAACCCGGCCAGGACCUGCCGAGACAUCAAACUCUGCCACCCCGACUGGAAGAGCGGUGAUUACUGGAUCGACCCCAACCAGGGCUGCACCCUGGACGCCAUCAAGGUCUUCUGCAACAUGGCCACGGGGGAGACGUGCGUGUACCCCAGCCCCGGCAGCAUCCCCAGGAAGAACUGGUGGAGCAGCAAGGCCAAGGAGAAGAAGCACGUCUGGUUCGGCGAGACCAUCAACGGCGGCUUCCACUUCAGCUACGGCGCUGAGGAGCUGGCACCCAACACAGCCAACAUCCAGAUGACCUUCCUGAGGCUGCUGUCCACCGAGGGCUCCCAGAACGUCACCUACCACUGCCGCAACAGCGUGGCCUACCUGGACGAGGAGUCGGGCAGCCUGAGGAAGGCGCUGCUCAUCCAGGGCUCCAACGACGUCGAGAUCCGCGCCGAGGGCAACAGCAGGUUCACCUACAGCGUGCUGGAGGACGGCUGCACGAAACACACGGGGAAGUGGGGCAGGACUGUCAUUGAGUACCGCUCGCAGAAGACCUCGCGCCUGCCCAUCGUGGACAUUGCACCUAUGGACAUUGGGGGACCCGAGCAGGAGUUUGGGGUUGACCUCGGCCCCGUCUGCUUCUUGUAAAAAAAAAAAGGAUUUUUUUGGUGUGGUUGUUUGUUUUUGGUUGUCGUGGGUUUUGUUUGUUUGGUUUGGUUUUUGUUUUUUUAAAAAGCCCGGCCCAAUUCCUUUAAAAAAGAAAAAAACCACAAGAAACGGGAUCCACCCCAAAAAGGAGCUGAGAAGUUCUGCACUGAAAGGGCUCACCCCGAAUCAGGGAGCAACCACCUCAUCCCAACACCAGAAUCAAAGGAAAAACCCAUUAAUAUUUAUUUAUUCUCUUCCUGGAAGACCUGUUUUUGAGGUCAGGUGGAGGUGGGAAUGUCAGUGAUCCCUUUUUCCCUGAAAAAAAAAAUGGGAUUUCACCAAUCCAGGUAUCAAAAAUCCCCUCCUCACCCUGAAUUUUCCCCUUUCCCCUCAGCAGGAGUGUUCAUGUAUAAUAUGAGUUAAAAAACACACAAAAAAAAUCAAAAAAUGGUGCUAUUAUUGUAAAACAAGUCUGUAUUUUUUAACAUCUGUUGGUAUAAAAUGAAAAAAAAACCUAAAAAAAAAACUUUUGGUCGAAAGUAAAA